AUGACUUCCAAUAUUGCAGAGUCAAUUAAUGCAGCAAACAAGGAUGCUAGAGAGUUACCAGUAAUGCGAUUGCUGGAGCACAUGACAAAUUUGCUACAACAGUGGAACAACAAAAACAGAAAAAGUGUAAAGGAGACAUCUACAGAGCUUGGCGAAAAGUACGACAAAAUCCUUCGGGAAAAUCUGAUUGCAUCGGAGCAAAUGACGGUGAGGCCUGCUACGGAGCAGUUAUAUACUGUGUUUGAAGGGGUAAGGCGAAACAUAAUAUGCCUUGAAGAGGGAACAUGCAGUUGCGGAAAAUUUCAAAUGGAUGAACUUCUAUGUCCGCAUGCUUGGGCGGUUUUGAAGAACCAACAACUGAAACCUGGCCAGUAUUGCUCUUCUUACUACAAAAAGAAUAAACUCCUUAUAACUUAUGAAUUUUCAGUGAAUCCGAUGUCAGAUGAGAGUUUAUGGGUAAUCCUAAUAGAGGUGUUGGAAGAUGUGGUCCUACCACCUAAAGGGAGAAGGAAUGCAGGAAGGCCAAGAAAGGAAAGACUCAAACCUGCUUCAGAGAAAGAGUCUAAGAGGGCGUUUUCAUGUUCUGUGUGCGGACAAGGUGGUCACAAUAGAAAAACAUGUAGGAAUCGACCAAAAUAA